AUGGAGUUACCGGUGAGAGGUCCGGCAACUAGCGAGUGGAAAACCCGCUACUUGAUAGAAACGAAGUCGGUAUCGUACCGGCGGCCGGCGGACGGUGGCGGCGAGCUUGACUGGGCUUGCCGGUGGUGGUGGGGGCGCGCCGGCUCGAAACCCAUCCUUCGGGACGUGAGUUGCAGGUACCUACCGGGCGAAAUCACCGCCGUGGUGGGUCCAAGCGGCGCCGGCAAGACCACCCUCCUCUCUAUCCUCGCCGGCAUGGUGCCCCUCCGCCGGGUCAGCGGCGAGGUCCUCGUCAACGGGCGCCCAAUGGACGCCGCCCUCUUCCGGCGUGUCUCCGGCUACGUCCCACAGGAGGAUUCCCUCCUCCCGCAGCUCACCGUUGAGGAGUCGCUCCUUUAUAGCGCCUAUCUGAGGCUCGGCGGCGCUGCCGCCGCCGAUAGAGCCCGCGAGUUGCUCCGGCAGCUGGGGCUCGACCACGUGGCGGGCUGCCGUGUGGGGUCCGGGAUCUCCGGCGGCGAGCGGCGGCGGGUCUCCAUCGGGGUUGAGCUGGUGCACCGCCCCGGGGCGAUUCUCCUGGACGAGCCGACGUCCGGAUUGGACUCGGCCUCCGCCGUGCAGAUAAUCUCCCUGCUGAGGGCGAUGGCCAGGGCCGAGUCGAAGGCCGUUGUCGUGACCGUCCACCAGCCGGGUUUCCGCAUCUUGGAGCUCAUCGAUCAGGUGGUCAUCCUUGUCGCCGGCGAGGUGCGCCAUCGUGGGCCGCUGGAGCUCCUCGAGCGGCGGCUCAAGGAAGCCGGCCACCGCAUCCCCAACCAAGUCAACGCGCUGGAGUACGCCAUGGAGAACGACCUCCCCCAGUGGGCCCUCCUCCCCGUGGAGGAAUCAACCUCGGAGGAGCUCGAAGAAGAAGACGACCCCCGCGGGCAGCUGGUCAACACCAACGGCCACCUCCGGGAGGUGCUGGUCCUCGGGGGGAGGUUGGCCGCCACCGUCCGGCGGUCAAACCAGCUCUUCGCGACGAAGAUAGUGCAGUCGCUGGCGGCGGGGCUGGGGCUCGGGUCGGUCUUCAUGAGGGCAGAUGACCUGCAGGCGAGGGUGGGGUUCUUCGCCUUCAGCCUCACCUUCCUGCUCUCCUCCACGACGGAGGCGCUGCCGGUGUUCCUCCGGGAGAGGAAGAUCGUCGCUAGGGAGACCUCGCGGGGGGCGUACAGGGUCUCCUCCUACGCGUUGGCCAACGCCGCCGUGUACCUGCCGCUACUGCUCGCCGCCGCGCUGCUCUACGCGGCACCGGUGUACUGGCUUGUGGGCCUUCGGCGGGAGCUCGACGGGUUUCUCUUCUUCGCGCUGGUGGUGUGGCUGGCGAUGGCCGCAGCGAACUCCUUGCUCUCCUGCGUGGCCGCGCUGGCGCCCAGCUUCGUGGUGGGGAGCUCGGCGGCGGCGGGGCUGCUCGGGUGCUUCUUCCUCUUCUCCGGGUACUUCAUAGCUAAGGAGAGCAUCCCCAGGCAGUGGAUAUUCGUGCACUACCUGAGCCUGUUCAAGUACCCCUUCGAGGCCUUUUUGAUCAACGAGUACGGGGGGGAGGGGGGGAGGAGGAUGUGCCUGCAGCGAGAGGGGGGCGCCUGUGUGGUGGACGGGGAGAUGUUCCUCGGGAGGGAGGGCUUGGAGGGGGCCAGGAGGUGGACCAGGGCCGGGGUGAUGGCCGGCUUCGUCGCCGGGUACAGGGUCCUCGCCUUCGCCGUCCUCUGGCUCAGGUGCAGGAAGACAGUGUAG